AUGAAAAUUUAAGAUACAAUAAAUCGCAUAAAUAAAGAAUAUAUAAGAAUAUCUAGAAAUUAAAUAGAAAAUAUACUCGCAGUUCCAAAUCCAAAAAAUAUAUUUUAAUGGCAUUUUUGUAUCCACGGUUUAAAAAACUGUGCAUUCGUAGGUGGUUAUUAUCAUGGAAUAUUAAAUUUACCACCUGAAUAUCCAUUAAAGCCUCCUACAAUAAAACUUAUAACUCCAAACGGAAGAUUUGCAGAAGGUUAGAAUAUUUGUACUAAUUUUACCAGUUUUCAUACUGAAUAAUGGGAAUCUUCAUGGAAUAUAGAAAAAAUGUUGAUUGCCAUUGUUAGCUUUAUGAAUGAUAAUGAAAUGAGUACAGGUGUUGUUGUAACUAGUGAAUAUGAAAAGAAUAGACUGGCUAAAUAAAGUCUGAUUUGGAAUUUAAAAAAUAAUAUAGAUUUUAAGAAAUAUUUUAAGAGUUUUUAUAAAAUAUUAAAUGUUCCUUCUAAUGUUUUUACAUUUGACGAAUAACAAUUAAAUUAAUAUGAAAAACAAGUUUUAGGAAUACAAUAUUAUCAGGGUACAUGCAGUAAAUGUGAAGUAUCAUAAUAAUCUACUUGUUAUUGUGGUAAAAAAAACCAAGAAACCCUAUGUGGUGAAGAAAACUUUUCUUGUAAUGACGUUUGUGGUAAAUCACUAGACUGUGGUAAUCAUAAAUGCUAAUAGAAAUGUCAUAAAGGAUUAUGUACUCCUUGCUAAUUACUUCCAGAGGAUGUUGAUACAUGCCCAUGUGGCUAAUCAUCUCUCCUAAUACUCGCUGGAGGUAAUUUUCGUGAAAAAUGCACAGAUCCAAUCCCUACUUGUACUAGUAUAUGUAAUAAACCACUCUCAUGUAAUAUUCAUAAAUGCUAAAACAAAUGCCACGAAGGCGAAUGUGUUAAAUGUGAAGAAUACAUAGAAGAAAUAUGCCGAUGUAAACAAUCUAAACGAGAAAUCGAAUGCUUUAAGCUAACCUUAAAUAAGACUUUAGGAAAAUAAUACAUAUGUGAUCGCAUUUGUAAAAAAACUAAAUCAUGUAAUGUCCAUAAAUGUAAUACUCCAUGUUGUCCUGUGAACAAAUCUAAUAAUGACCUCCAAGGUAUCCAUUUAUGUUUAAAAGUAUGUGAAAAAAAGCUCUCUUGUGGUAAGCAUACAUGUGAAUUAUUCUGUCACUUAGGCCUUUGUGGAAAAUGCCCAAUUAAAAUAAACGAACCAAUCUCCUGUAUAUGUGGAAAAGCGACCCUCAAACCCCCCUAACCAUGCGGAACUGAACCUCCCGAAUGCCAUUUUCCCUGUUCUCGUGAAAAGCCCUGUGGUCAUCCCUGCCAUUUGAACUGCCAUAUAGACCAAUGUCCUCCGUGUGAAUUCAAAGUGGAGAAAAAAUGCCGUUGUGGGGCUGCUAUAGUCCCUAAUGUAAGCUGUUCUAAGGAAGCCUUAUGUACUAUUGCUUGCGGAAAACCUCUUUCUUGUGGACAUAAAUGUGAGGAAGUAUGCCAUUUAGGAUAAUGUCCUAAAGAAGGAAAUUGCUAGAAAAAAUGCAAUAAAUAAAGGCUUUUUUGUGGUCAUAAAUGCAUAUAAACAUGUCAUGGAUAAAGUGAGUGUCCAAAAGAACCUUGUAAAGUAGAAAUAGUGAUAAAAUGUAAAUGCGGACAUAGGGAAGCUUUCGUAGAAUGUGGUACUUCAGACUGUGUUUUGGACCGGUCUUUAGCCUGUAAUGAUGUUUGUAGAAAUAUUAAUAGAUUUGCGAGAUUUUAUGAUAAUGAGAAGGUCUUUUAUCCAGCUGUAUUAGUCAGAUUUGCGAAACAAAAUAUGCUAUACCUAAUAAAACUGGAAAAAAAAAUAGAGUCUUUUAUAAAAAAUUAGGAAAAGGAAUUAUCUUUGCCUUUCUAAAAUGACACUUAGAAAAAAGUCUCUGUUUAAAAUUUGUUAGCAAGACAUUAUCAUUUAAAUGUGUAGUAUUAUAAUCAUUUUAAUUCCCCUUAUUUUGUUAUUGAAAGUACAAAAGAUGUCUGUAUUCCGAAAUGUCCACUUUCCGAGUAUUGUAAAAAAGUCGAAAAAGGAGAAAUUAAAUCCGAUGUUUCCCCUUUUUAGGUCUCGAUUAGAUUUAUAGGAGUUCUGGCCAAAAACGACCCGAAUUUCGAAUAAUUGGAUUAUAUAUUGAAAGAUGUAUAGAAGGAGUUCUAUGUAGAAAAGGAAGAUAGGUCAAUUGUGGUCCAUUUCUGGGAUAAACAAGUAGCCGAAGUAGCCUAAAAAAAGCUCUAUAAAAGCUAGUCUAUGUACUCGAAUUUCAGCUUCGAAGUCAACGAAAAACUACUGAAAGAAGAAUAAUAACUAAUAGUGCCUCCUUCAGAUAUUAUUAGAAGAAUGAAAGUUUAAAAAUAGUAGUAAUAAUAAAAUGAUUAAGGAGAAGAUUAAAUAAAUAAUUAAGAAUUUUAUAUAAUAGAUGAUGACAAAGACUAAAAAUAUGAAAAUUAUUAUACUAGAUGUUGA